AUGUUGAAAUCACCUCAUAGUAGAAUAUUUUUCCAACAAUCACGAUCACAUGCACCUUUCAGAGCUGUUAGAUUAAGCGGUUUUUGGUAAGUUCUUUUUUUUUCAAAUAAGUAUUUCAAUAAAUAAAAUUGUUCAUUUAAAGGGAUAGAUUUCGAAUUGUUCCACCGGAUUUAUUGCCAUCGAAUCAAAAAGCAGUUGAAAUAACUAGAACAAAUAGAUCAGCAGGAAGAUAUUUGAAUCUUAGUUAUAAUUCGAAAAGUCCUUAUAUUAUUUUUGAUCGGCCGGGUGAAAAAUCAAAUUGGUGGAAGAAUUUGAAAACGAAAGGAAAAACGCAUGUGGUGAGUUUUGGGAUCAAUAUUUUCAGAAACAUCUGAAAAUUUAUCUGAAGAGUGUGACUUUUGAAAUUCAAAUAAUUUUUGUUUCAGAAAAAUAUGUUUGUGCACGGCGUUGGAUUACAGAAAAACAGUGAAGAUAUUCUUGAAAAUGGUCAAAGUGUAUUUUUCGAAGUUUUGAGAGCAAUUAGAGAAAAUGAUUUUUCGAGUCUAUCGCCUUAUACAUUAGGAGGAAGUAAAACUUUUCAAUUUCAUCGACAGGAAAUAAAUCGAUUGAAUUCUUUGCAGAAAACUGCGUUUGAUGUGAGUUUUUUGAAUAUUUGAAAAAUUAGACGUUUUCUAAAAUUGUGCCGAAUUUGAAAAAUAAUCAUUUUAAAAUCUUAUGUUAUUUUUUUCCUGCAAAAUUUGAAAUAGAAAUCUCAAAAUUCGAAAAUUUUCAUCAUUUUUUUUCCAGAUAACCGAAGCUGAUUUGAUGGGAAAAAAUGGUCAUAUUGUAACAUAUCCAUAUUUUGAAGGAGAAUUGGGCAGUUUUAUCAAUGAAAUUUCGUAUGUUCAUUUGGAUGCGAAUGGUGAAGCGACUUAUGGUGAAAAUGGUGAACCAGUUAUUUAUUGCUUGUAAGUUGAACAUAUUUUUAAAAGGGGUUAAAGGCGCUUUCUCGAUAAUUACUCGACAAAAAUUCGGAAUUCUGGAAAACAUGUUGUUUUUAAUUUUGAGAUGUUCCGUGAAAAUCGAAAAAUAUUUGUUUUCUUUGUUUUUCUGGAAAAUUUACGUGAAAAUUUCAUUUUUUAAUUUCUUGCUUUUAGUAAUCCGACGAUCAUAAUUUGCUGAAUUACAGUAUCACAAUCUCAAGUUCUACUAAUUUUUCCAGAUACAAAUUGAUCUUCGGCGCUGUCUACAAAUUCGAAAUGCUCGACAAUCAAAUCUCAAAAUAUGGCUGGAAUCAGAAAAACAUCUAUCCAAUGAAAGAAUAUAAAUUCAAAUUUCCUCGAAAUGUCAUCGUCGAAUUGGAUAUUUGUCAACAAGUUCAAGUUCCCCGAUCGAUUCCGACGAAACUCAAAUCAAACAGGUUGCUAUAUGAUUUUCACGUGUUUUCUUUCUAG